AAAUAGUUAUUAUACAAGGAACAAAAAGGCGCAAUAUGUUUCAAGAAUUAUUCCAACACUUUAUGUUAUUAUUACUACAUGUACUUAUGUUUUCGGCUAAAAUUGUACUGUUGAAGAAAAUAGCAGAUUGUCAAAUAGGAUAUUCUGGUCGUGAAUGUGAAUUACCCUGUCGAUACCCAAACUAUGGAAUGAGUUGCCAGUCAGAGUGUUUAUGUGUCGAGCAACUUUGUGAUCACGUAAAUGGAUGUAAAAAAUGUCCACAUGGUUUCCAAGGAGAGGCAUGUCAACAAAAUUGCUCAUAUCCAAGUUAUGGUGAAAAUUGCCAGUCAGAAUGUGAAUGCAGAGAAGAACAGUGUGAUUUUGUUAAUGGUUGUGAAGGUGAGGGAAACAAAAUGUACAAUGAAGUUUGUUCAGAUGGAUAUUAUGGUUACAUGUGUAACUUUGAAUGUCCCUACCCAAACUACGGAGUGCAAUGUCAGUCAGAAUGCUGGUGUUAUCAGCAACAUUGUGAUCAUAUAAAGGGAUGCACAGUUUGUCCCGCUGGAUAUUUCGGUUCCAGUUGUAAACUUGAAUGUCUCUAUCCAACCUACGGAGAGGGUUGUCAGACAACUUGUAAUUGUGAGGAACAGUAUUGUGAUCACAAGAACGGGUGUCAGUAUAUCUUAGAUUGUAACGUAGGAUAUUUUGGUACAAAGUGUAAAGAAAAGUGUAGCUACCCAAACUAUGGAAAAGAUUGCAAGUCAACUUGCUCUUGUGGACAACAAUUUUGUGAUCACGUGAACGGAUGCCAAGAUUGUACAGCAGGAUAUUUCGGUAAAAAUUGUGAAUUACGCUGCCUCUUCCCUAACUAUGGGAAGAACUGUCAGUCAACAUGUAAUUGUGGAGAACAGUUUUGUGAUCCCGAGUGGGGGUGUCUUCGUAGAAGGGAUUGUUAUGAGGGAUAUUUUGGUCUAUCUUGUGCACAUCAUUGCCGCUACCCAAACUACGGGAAGGAUUGUGAAUAUAAGUGCCUUUGUGAAUACAAGUAUUGUGAUCACGUUAGCGGAUGCCAAGGUAUUCUACCGUAUAACAGGUUUCUUAAACGGGUGUAAUUUCUUGCAAUUUGAUUGCCCAAAGGUAUUCCAAUUAAUAUUUGCAUGCCAAUAAAAAUCUAAUUUUUUUUACGUACACACAGAGUUUCACGGGAAAACCAUCUUUUAGAUGCGUUCUCAGUAGUCUAAGUUUGUAAAGUUCGUACCAGAAUUUGAUUAAAAUCAAUACCAUGUUAAAAAUACAGUGUGAAACAACACACAGAUCUUUUUCAUUUAGUUUUUAUGCACAAUGGUGCAUAUUUUAACGAUUAAAAUUUUACUGGACUACUUCAAAACCGCUGAAAUAAUGUGAACAUGUAAAUGGAUGCCAAGGUAGUAGUAUGUUUAUUUUUAUAUUUUAAUUCACAAAACAAAUAACAUUUUGUGACGUGCAUUAGAACUAAGCAAAUGUACAUUUUUUGU